AUGAGGGAGACGUUGUUGGACUUUGCAAUGGGUUGGAAGCAAGAGGAUUUGGGUGUCGCCAAGCAGGUGAGUCAUUGGUAUGUGAGGCAGGGAGGUGGGUGGCGCCAGACUGGGCGUAGAAGGGCGCUAGUCAGGCAAGGCAUAGUGACUAUGCGAGACGCAGCCAAGCUUGAGCUAGACUUGGUCUGGGCGACGUUUUUUGGUCUUGGAUGGGUGACGCAGACAGCGCUGGCCUUAGCUAGGCGAAGCCAUUGUCUAGCGAGGGAUGGUAUGGGCAAUGCCCGAGGUUGGUUGGUGCAUUGGCUCUGUCUUUGGGAUGUUCGGUGUUAG